UGGACAAUUUACACGUCAUGGGUGAGGCCAAUACUUGAGAAAAUGAUUCUUGUCCAGUGACACAAUACCGGCCAGUAGACAGGAUAUCUCGACACUUCCAUGCUGAUGUGACACCUCUUCUGAGUGUCUCCUUCUUCUUCCACAUCCUAGAGGCUAAGAUGGCAGAGCACCAAAUAUUUGAGAACGUAGGAAAUUACAUCGAUGAAAAUUACACCUACGACAAUAACUUCUCCCUAAACCUUGACACCUUCAAGUGCUCGACUCAGAUCCUCCCCACUGGUGCUGUCAUAUCCCUGGUCUUCCUUCAGGUUGUCAUCUUCCUGUUGGCUGUUCCUGGAAACCUACUCGUGGGGCUGGUGAUUGUCUCCAGUCGCCAGUUAUUGACCUCAUCGGACAUCUACCUGUUUCACCUGAUGAUAGCUGACGUGCAGCUGGCUCUCACCGUUCCCUUUUGGGCUGCCGAGGAACUCCAUGGCUGGAUCUUCGGCGACUUCAUGUGUAAGUUCCUGAACCUCAUCCGGGAUAUCAACUUCUACACCAGUAUCCUCUUCCUGGUGUGCAUCAGCGUUGACCGCUACCUGGCCAUCGUUCACACUGCACAGUCCCGUAAAGCCCGUCAAAUGGGUUGCAGCUGGAUCAUCUGUGCCUCGGUCUGGGGUCUGGGGAUCACUCUGUCCCUCCCCGCCCUCUUCAACAAGGCCUUUCUGGAUGAAAACGGCAGAAUGCUGUGCACCCAGCAAUUCGCCGUCGACAGCGCCACCGACUGGCGACUCGCCACGCGCGGCCUUCGCCACAUCGUCGGGUUCCUGCUCCCGCUGACCGUCAUGGUGACGUGCUACGGUGUCACCGUGGCCCGGCUGCUGCGGACGCGCUGCUUCCAGAAGCACAGGGCCAUGCGGGUCAUCGUUGCCGUGGUGAUCGCCUUCCUCUUGUGCUGGACGCCAUACCACCUCACGAUGAUCGCCGACACGCUGAUUAGGGCCAAGCUGGUGCCCUAUAACUGCGCCGUGCAGACCAGGAUGGAGCUGACCCUCCAUGUCACUCACAACCUGGCUCUGCUCCACAGCUGCGUCAACCCGGUGCUGUACGCCUUCGUUGGGGAGAAGUUCAGGAGGAACCUGGUCGGACUCAUCCAGAAGACAAAGCGGCUGGAGCGGGGGUCUGCGUCUCGAUACAGCCGGUCCACAUCCCAGACCUCAGAGGGGAAUAGAGUGAUAUAACCGGCCCUCCGGCAGAUUGUCUGGUAACACUGGGUGUCUUUUAACGUGUCUUCUACCAUCAGUUUACGGACUCAGAUCCUUCACAUUUGCGGUUGUUUUUAUGUCCUUCUGUUUUCUAUUUGCUAUUGGCCGGGUUUAGGCCUACUGUAUGUUUGUAACGCAUCAUCUCUGAAACGCUGAACUGGGUUCUUGUGUUCACUGGCUGAUAUUCGCGUAAUGGUUGUUUUAGGCAAUACACUUCACAGAUGAGACGGAUGUUUUGAUCUCCCUCCUGCUGAUGCCAGACCCAAAAUGGGCUGUAUAAAUGCUGUGUGUGGUUCCCACAUCUGUUAAUGUUACCACACUCAAAUAUUGGCAAUGUGUUGCACAAAGAAAUAGAAUGGUAAUACAGACAUCCAUCAUGAUCAGUUUCCUAAAUGGAAGCUAGACUAGAGACAACUUUAAACUAUUACAAAUAAUUGAACGUUAUGAGAAUACAUGGAAAGCAUGUUAAAUCUUUAUUGAUUUUUUGAAAGAUUUUCAUUAGUUGCUUCAUAUAUUGGUAUUUUUGAGAAUCUGUAAUAAGAUGGAUAAAAGCCAUAUACUUAAUGUAAAUAUUUAAUUGGAUUUGUUGUCUGAAUAUUUUGUUAGCGAUUGAAAAUACAAUGUUAUCAGCAGCUAGACAUUCAAGGUUUCGUGGAAAAUGACUACAACAAAUAAACUCACAAGAAAACUCU